AUGAGAUAUACAUUCACUAUUAUUGUUAUAAUUUUUGUCUUAGUGCUUAGCACGGCUUGGAUACCAGUCACCGAUGCGUCAUGUCAAGCAGGUGUGCGCACUGAUAGUGAAAGUUGUGAAGCAGGCGAAUUAUGUGGUCUCAUUAAACCUGGAAGCAGGGAUUGUAAGGAAGGCCUUUGCGUACAGGGUCGUUGUCAGUUAAAACUAAGAACUGGUUGCGUUGUAGGAGGAUUACUAAACAAUUGGGACAAAG